GACCUGUGCAAUGUUGUGCACAAUUUUUCAAACAUCAUGACACUUAUUUGGAGUCUGUGGCUCAAAUGGUUUGAAAGCGGAAUAUUCGUUGAAUAUCCUAAUUGAAACGGUAUUAUUAUACCGUUUACCCUAUUAUUUAAUGUAACUGUUUCCCCACAUGUACUUAUCUAUUUCCAUUAUCAUUGGUGUGGAGUAAAAACCCCCACCCACAUGGGAUCGCCACCCGCUGAUAAAAACAGAGAAAUAAUGCGGAAGUAAAACUGGGAGCGGGUUUGUUUUGUUUGUUGCCACCAUUCUUUCCUCGUGGACGAAGCCAUACUAGCUGAAUACCCAACUCUCAGUCCACUGAAACAUGUCUAAACUUCAGUCGUUUCGUGUGUUUUUAAAUGAGCGUUUAACUGCGGCAGCUGUGGAGAUUUUCGGGGCAGUUGAAGAAACGGUAGCGGACUACCAGGAGGAGAAUGAUCGGUUACGGAGACUGCUGCGGAUCACACCGGAGAUAAAACUAUGUAACGUAGACUCCCUGCAGCUCUCUCUCGGUGUCUCUGAAGAGGAGGUUCUCCCUGAUCAGCAGCACUGUGAGCAGGAGUGGAGCCCCACUCUGGGGCAAGAGAACCCAGAACUUCCACAGAUUAAAGAGGAACAGGAGGAACUCAGGACCAGUCUGGAGGCUGAUAUCAUAGAGUUCAAAUUCAUUCCUUCCUGUGUGAAAAGUGAAUGUGAUAAGGACCCACUUCAGUCCUUGACUCUUCCCCAAACCCAGACUGUGGAGAACAGAGAGAGUGACCCUAAACAAGUGGAACUCACACCUUUUGUUACUGUGACCCACCUAAAGGGUCUCUACAUUCCCUGUGACCCUCAAGAUAAUCAAAACAAUACCUCCAGCCAAAGCUCAACCUUAAGCAGCGACCCAGCGGCACUUGACAGCAGCCCAUCGUUGGAUCCCAACCCGCCAUUGGAUCCCAGCCCGCCAUUGGAUCCCAGCCCGCCAUUGGAUCCCAGCCCGCCAUUGGAUUCCAGCCCGCCAUUGGAUUCCAGUCCGUCAUUGGAUUCCAGUCCGUCAUUGGAUCCAAGCCCAUCAUUGGAUCCAAACCAGUCAAUGGUGGAACACUGUUUCAAACCCAGCACCAUGUCUAGAAAAACUCACCACUGCCAUGACUGUGGCGAAAUGUUUGCAAUGAAAGCUGACCUGCAGAGGCAUGUGACUCUUUUAAAGAAGAGGCCCAGUGAAUGUCGCUUCUGCAAAAGAAACUACAACUCCACCUGUAAACUAAAGGCCCAUAUCCGACUCUGUCACAGUGGGAAACCCUACACCUGCCCUGUUUGUGGCAAGACCUUCAAACUCAAAGGGAAUCUGUCCAAGCACAUAAGGAUUCACACAGGAGUGGGAGAGAAACCAUUUAGCUGUGGAGACUGUGGGAAAAACUUCUAUCAGAAGGGGGACUUAAGUAGGCAUAUACGGACUCACACAGGAGAGAAAUUGUUUAUCUGUGGUGAUUGUGGGAAAAGCUUCAAUUUGAAAGGGAACCUUAGGAAGCAUAAACUGACUCACACAGGAGAGAAACCAUUUCUCUGUGAUGACUGUGGGAAAGGCUUCAGUCAGAAGGGGACCCUAAGGAAGCAUAAACUGACUCACACAGGAGAGAAACCAUUUAGCUGUGAAGACUGUGGGAAAAGCUUCAGUCAGAAGGGGACCCUAAAGAAGCAUAAACGGACUCACACAGGAGAGAAAUCAUUUAGCUGUGGAGACUGUGGGAAAAGCUUCAGUCAGAAGGGGACCCUAAGGAAGCAUAAACUGACUCACACAGGAGAGAAAUCAUUUAGCUGUGAUGACCGUGGGAGGGGAGGGGGGGUGAAUGAGCCAAGUGGAAGCUGGGGAUGAUUUGAUGGUGGAGAUGGUAUGAGGGCCAGAUUGGGAAUGUAGUCUCUCUUGCCCUCUUCCUGUGUGUGUAAGCGCAAACUGUUUUAAAUGCAUUAUUGUUUUUUCAGUCACAUUUCAAUAACAUUAUUUUAUAAUUGCUGUUCAUAACUGCCUUCUCUGGUUUAGUGCUUGCUGUCCCAUCAGUCCCAAGCAGCUGCCAUUAGUCACGUGUUACAAUGUGUUGUCUUUUAAUUCAGUUCAUGCAAGGAAUGAUCGUCCUAGAUCAGCCUAUUACUUAACACGUGGGAAAACAAUGAUAUAAUAUUGUUACGUUAUAAUUUGUAUGGAACUUGUAGUAUAACCCCACCCACAUCGGGGCGCUUUGUUAUGUUUAUGGACUAGCCACCCGCUGAUAAAAACAGAAUAAGACAAUACGGAAGAAACUGUGAGCAGAUUGUUUUGUUCUUGCCCACCAUUCUUUCCUCGUGGAUGUAAACAUACUAGCUGAAUACACAACUCUCCGUCGACAGAAACAUGUCUAAACUUCAGUCGUUUCGUGUGUUUUUAAAUGAGCGUUUAACCGCGGCAGCUGUGGAGAUUUUCGAGGCACUUGAGCAAACAGUAGCGGAGUACCACGAGGAGAAUGAUCGACUACGGAGACUGCUGCGGAUCACACCGGAAAUACAACUACGUAGAAUAGACUCCCUGCAGCUCUCUGUCUCUGAGGAGGAGGUUCUCCCUGAUCAGCAGCACUGUGAGCAGGAGUGGAGCCCCAGUCUGGGGCAGGAGAACCCAGUGCUUCCACAGAUUAAAGAGGAACAGGAGGAACUCAGGACCAGUCAGGAGGAAGAGCAGCUUCAAGGGCUGGAGGCUGAUUUCAAAUUCACUCCUUCCUGUGUGAAAAGUGAAUGUGAUCAGGAGGACCCACUUCAGCCCUUCACUUCUCCCCAAACCCAGACUGUGGAGAACAGAGAGAGUGAUCCUAAACAAGUGGAACUCACACCUUUUGUUACUGUGACCCACCUUAAGGGCCUCUACAUUCCCUGUGACCCUCCAGAUAAUCAGAACAAUGCCUCCAGACAAAUCUCAGCCGUAAGCAGCGACCCAGCAGCACUUGUGCAGCCGCCAUUGGAUCCAAAUCCAUCAGUGGUGGAACACUGUUUCAAACCCAGCACCACGUCUGGAAAAACAUUUGCAGAGAGAACUGACCUGCAGAGGCAUGUGACUCUCAUCAGGAAGAGACUCAGUGAAUGUCGCUUGUGCUUAAAACACUACAACUCCACCUGUAAACUGAAGGCCCAUGUCUGCCUCUGUCACAGUGGGAAACCCAACACCUGCCCUGUUUGUGGCAAGACCUUCAAUCUCAAAGUAGAUCUGUCCAAGCACAUGAGGAUUCACACAGGGGAGAAACGUUAUUGUUGUGGUGACUGUGGGAAGAGCUUUAGUCGCAAGUGGACCCUAGCCGCACAUAUACAGAUUCACACAGGAGAAAAACCAUUUAACUGUGCUGACUGCGGGAAAAGCUUCAAUUUGAAGGGGAAACUUAGGAAACAUACUCACACAUGAGAGAAAUAAUUUAGCUGUGGAGACUGUGGGAAAAGCUUCAAUCAGAAGGGGGCCCUAAUUAAGCAUAUACGAACUCACACAGGAGAGAAAUUAUUUAGCUGUGAUGAAUGUGGGAAAAGCUUCCAUUUAAAGGGGAACCUAAAGAAGCAUGAACUGACUCACACAGGAGAGAAAUCAUUUAGCUGUGGUGACUGUGGGAAAAGAUUCAAACGCAGGGAAAACUUAACUAUGCAUAUACUGACUCACACAGGAGAGAAACAAUUUAGCUGUGGUGACUGCGGGAAAAGCUUCUCCCAGAAGGGGAACCUUAGUAGGCACAUACUGACUCACACAGGGGAGAUGCCAUUUAGCUGUGUAGACUGUGGGAAAAGCUUCAGCCAGAAGGGGACCCUAACGGUGCAUAUACGGACUCACACAGGAGAGAAACCAUUUAGCUGUGUAGACUGUGGGGAAAGCUUCAGCCAGAAGGGGACCCUAACGGUGCAUAUACGGACUCACACAGGAGAGAAACCAUUUAGCUGUGUAGACUGUGGGGAAAGCUUCAGCCAGAAGGGGACCCUAACGAUGCAUAUACGGACUCACACAGGAGAGAAAUAAAUAAGCUGUGAUGUGUGCGGAGAAAGUGUCACUCGAAAGUCUAACUUACUGAUCCAUGUGGAAAACAGGAUGAAAACUGAAAGAAAACUGAACAUUUGUACAAAGACCUGUUUAGUCACAAGAUGAGAAUAAAAAGGCAGG